AGAGAGAGGUUGAUAUGUUACAGGUAGAUAACGUGAGAGAGGUAAAGUGCUGGAGGUAUAGAGUGUCACCUAAAGGACCAAGAGAUAGCGAGUGGGGGCAGGGGUGCAGGAACUCAAUCCCAGAAGCCAAGACAACAGCUGAAGAUAAAAACCUCCUCACCUGAACGCACCAAGAGAGAGAUAAAGGACAGGAGCAUGGUGAAACACUGAGUGAAAAAACUUGAGGAAAUCCAAGGACAGAGAGGAGGGAGUAGAAGAACAUUUGAGUUAUUAUUGUCAAAUUACUUGAUUGGUUCUCCUUUCAUUUACCUGCAACGAAGGAAAGACUUUUACUUUACCAACACAGCCAAAUUCUAAACCAUUUUUAAAAUCUUUUAAAGCCAACUUCGUGGGGACUUUCAACACAUAAAAUACAACAAGAACUUCUGCAGAAGUGAGGAGAGCAGGGAAGAGGCAAGAGAGAGGGUGAGGGAGGGGGAGGGCGAGUGAGGGAGAGAGAGAGAGUGUAUGUGAGCCUGUGACACUGAGAUGUUCAUGAUCAUUCGGGAGCCGUCCGCCGGAGGCGGUGCUGCAGCGAUGAGCGCGCCACAGGAGAGGAGUGCAAAACAGCCCCCCACCCCCUCUCAGGUGCAGGCCGCCAUCAAGAAGAAGAUGGAGAAGCAGAAGAAGCGAACCAAUGAGCAGAGAGGUAGCGUUGGAGAGGUUAAAACUGCCACACCUCAGCCUCCUCGCCGCCAGAAAUUCGGUCAGUUCCCCCAGGCGACAGCGGCGGCCGCUGAGGACAGAAAGACCCUGGAAGAGGAGCUGGAGGAGAUGAUGGAGGGACCACAGGGGGUAGAGAGGCAGGAAGAGGAGGACGGGGAGCCUGUCGACCUGCUGCCCAUCGUGGACUCUGUGUUUGGACAGGGAGAAAUGGAUGGGUCCUUUAGGGGUAAGGUGAGGGCAGUAGGCCAGGAGGGAGAGGAGGAUCAGGACGUGGAGGAUAAGCCGUUCAACGAUCCCUUCUGUAUGCUGGUGAAGAACUGCAACAUGCUGCACAACAUCGUGGGCCCGGCCUGCAUCUUCCUUAAACAAGGCUUUUCACAAACACUCGACCGAGAGCUGAAACCAGAGGAGAUUGAAGAGCUCCGCGAGGCGUUUGUGGAGUUUGAUAAGAAUAAAAAAGGCUACAUCAGUCACAACGACCUGGGGGAGUGCAUGAGGACCAUGGGAUACAUGCCGACAGAGAUGGAGCUCAUCGAACUGAGCCAGCAGAUCUGUGGAGGUAAAGUGGACUUUGAGGACUUUGUGGAGCUGAUGGGACCCAAGAUGUUGGCAGAGACAGCAGACAUGAUCGGAGUCAAAGAACUUCGAGAUGCGUUCAAAGAGUUUGACUCUAACGGUGAUGGCCAGAUCAGUUUAAUUGAGCUACGUGAAGCCAUGAAGAAGCUGAUGGGAGAACAAGUGACCAACAGAGAGAUUAACGAGAUCCUCCAAGAUGUCGACCUCAACGGAGACGGUCAGGUGGACUUUGAGGAGUUCGUUCGAAUGAUGUCACGCUGAGCCACCCACAUGUCGGAUGACAGACAGACAUUAUGCAACUGCUGGAUUAGAGAACACAUCAUAGUGUACAUCCUUCAUCUGCUCUUAUGAGCACACAUCUAGAAUUGUAUUUUUAUAUUGAAUACUGAAAAAAGAAAAAAAUAUAAAUGCUUUGAUCGGACAAAUAAUAUCCAGCCUACUACUAACAUGACUAUCCAUAUCUAAACUCCAGGUGCAAAACAAAGAUAAAGCACUUUAACAUAUCAAACGCUUCAGAGACAACAUUUAUGACUCUGUGUUUUUUAGAUGUAUUUUUUGUAUAACAAUGUUUGAGCUUUAAGUGUAACAUCUUGUUUGUUAAACUGUGAAAACAAGCUUUUGUUAAUUAAAGAAACAUACAAA